UUUCCCGUAGCGUCUUCACAGUCUGUACCUGGUACGGUGUGUGUGUGUGUUUGGCGAAGACGCAGUUGUUACCGUUCAUCUGCGAAGAAGAGGUACAGCUCUAUUGUGUUUGAUAGCAGUUUUGUACACUGUAGUCUCCUGGGCAGCAUAUUAUAUCCUUGUCCCAGAGCCAGAGAAAGUAGACCUGUUCAGUAUCAUCUACUAGUACAUGUACUGGAGAAAUCACUGGCGCCAGUGUCGGUUCGUGUGUUCAUCGGUGACUAACGAAGUCUGGACGACCACGUAACAUCGUUGUUUUGUCUCGAGUCAGAGUGAUGCGUUGAUGAUAAGCCACUAGUGCGACUUGUGCUGGAAAUACGAAGCUGCACUGUAUCUGCAGCUAUCCAGUGUAUCCGCAGUGUUCACGGCAAGAACGAUGCCGUUUGACUUCUGGGAUGAUGUUGUCCUGCCAGCAUGGCAUGACAUAGCUCAAUGCCAGAUUACUCAUGAAGCAUUCAAGAAGGCCGUCAUGGCACUGGAUGAACAUCAUCCACGUAUCAGCAGAGAUCCCAUACUGAGGAGACAUGUGAUGGCGAAUAAGCAGCAUUUCGCCAACAGAAGGUGUUCAGAAAAGGGUAGGUUAGCCGGCUAUGUUGGCUGGUUGAUUACCUACAAGAGAGGGCCAUCAGGUGUCCAGAACUUCAUUCAAGGCAUCCAGUCUUCUUCUUUCCCAUCCAAUGUUGCUGUUGGUGGACUGCUGGAGAGAAUUUGGAAAACUCGCAAGAAUGAUCAUCCUGAUGAAGAUGUCAAGGAUCCAUAUUUCUUCACAAGGGUUGUCAAGACCAACUUACCACAGAUCAUCGCCAAACUAGCGACUGUACCAGAUAUAGUGCUCACUGAAGUAUUUGGAGAAGCCGACCUGAAUGAAGAGUUUAUCAGCACUUAUCGAACAGCAUGUGAGGUGGCCAGUCAUGUGCGUGAUCUUCCACUUUGCUGUCAAACAGCAAUUGGGGAGUGUUUACUGUACCCAGUGUCCAGCUUUGCGCUUCUCUUUUAUGAGUUGCACCUUCCUGAGCUCACUCAACGACUGGAUAAAGAUUUCCUGAUCAAGAUCGACCAUGAGGCAGGAUGUGAUGGGAGUAGUCUUGUCCAACUGUUGACUUUGGCUAUUGAUUCACAGAGCGAUACAGAUACCGCAAUGUCAAUGAUGAAUGAUGAAGGUGUGAUUGCAGUGAAAGAAGGACCAGGAGAUGCAGUUGAAGCUGAUAAUGGCCAGUACGCAGCAGCUCUAAAUGAACUGAUCAAGGAAGGUGUCCAGUUGAUACCGUACGGACGCCUGAUAAUGUGCGGGCCAGGCCGCACAGGCAAGAGCAGCUUCCUGCGAUCCCUCCUGCGUCAAGCGUUCAUGUCUCAAGUCGACAGCACAAUCGGUGUGGAGCUGGAGAAGGUGAUCUGCACUAUCGAGAAACAAGGGUUAAAGUAUGUCUGGAAGCAAGCUGAAGAUUCUUACCAGCAGCAGUUGGCCCUGACGCACAGAGCUGUUGGUCAAGAGAAACGGAAGAAAGAGAUCGUAGCAGCACUGAGACAACAAGGCGUCGCUAUCCCCGAGAACACCAGGUCCACAUCCUCAACGCCAUCAACGCCCGUAACAUCACCAUCCGCUGUGAUUGAGACUGAGCAAGCAGGUACAGCCAGUGUGAGUGAAACUACUCUCAGGCAAGCUGAUGUAACCACCAAUACCGGGUACACUGUUCAAUCACCUACCAGUCCUACCACGGUAUCUCAGAAUGUUUCCACUGCAUCCAAGCCGGAAGAGGAAUCAGACAUGGCUGCGCUGAAGGAAGAGACACCGGAGCAAGAUGUCCAGCAACUACAGACAGAAAUCAACUCAGCAACAUUGAAGUUCGAAAGUUUCAUUAAUGAUCUGCGGACAGGCAAAAGCGAAGUUUUCACUGCAGAACACCUCAAAAAUCUCACAUUUAUGGAUGUCUGGGACUUUGCAGGUCAGAAGAUGUUUGCUGCUAUCCAGCACAUGGUGCUGGCCUGCACCAGAUGUGCAUAUGCUGUCGUCUUUGAUGCAUCAAAGAAGCUCCAGGCCAGAGCGAAGCCGACAUUUGGUGUAGAUGGUGAGGAACUGCCGCUUUCCAACCACCUGGAGCAGACCAACUUUGAUGUGAUGGAGACAUGGUUCAACGCUAUCCACGAGGUCAUUGGAGACAGCGACAACGUACCCGUGUUUGCCAUUGGCACACAUGUGGACAAGUUACCUAAGAAUCCAGAAGCAAGGAAGAAGGCAACUGAAGAGAUAAAGAAGUACAUCUGGGCCAAUGCAGAGGGAAAAGCAUACGCCAACAACAUCGACAAGGUGGUAUUUGUGGACAACACACGAGCUGGUAAAGAUCCAGAGGACCCAGCAGUUGUUCAGCUACGGCAAGACAUAAUCCAGCAGCUGCAGCAUCAGUUCAACGUUCCCAUACCAAUCCGCUGGCUUCCUGUGACCAUCUCUAUUGGGCACAUUGCAAAAUCGUUUGAACGACCAUGGUUAUCGGUUGAGGAGCUACGUCGCUUGGCCAUUGCUGUUGGUAGCAUCUCCAGUGUUGAUCCUGAGUCCGAUUUCCAGGAGAUGGUGAAGUUCCACCAUGGUCUUGGCCAUUUGCUUCACUUUGUUCACAAUGCCCGCCUUCGUGAUCGUGUAAUCAUCGACAUCCACUGGGUUCUGAAGACCAUGUCAUUGCUCUUCUGUCCUGAACCAAAGGAUAUGCAGAGCAAGCGUCUACGUCCACAGUACGACUUGCUGACUCAGAAUGGUAUCCUCCUUGAAAGUCUUGCCCUGCACCGCUGGUCACAGCACAAUCGUAUGACAUCGCGCUACACGGCCACAGAAGAACAGCGUGAUUUCCUGUUCGAGAUGGGUGAGCACUUUGCCCUGUUCUACAACACAAAGACAACUGUGAAGGUGCCUGGUCAGAGGAAAGAGGUGACAACUCGCAAGUUCUUUGUACCAGCUCUCGUGGAGCGAGUGGCACGUGUUCAAGACGAAGUAAGCAAAGGCAAGCCAAGUCCAGCUAUGUACCUGUACAGUGGUGCAGAUCGUUACUUUCCACAAACCCUGUUCUGGUGUGGCGUUGUGAGGUGUAUGCAACGCUACAGUCCAAAGGUGGAUCCUAUCCUCUAUCACACAUCGGCACGUAUUCUGGUGAAGGAUCGCUUCUGGCUGGUCAUGCAGUAUUUCCAGCAUGGCAUUCGCUUGUCACUGGAGAUUCCUGUUGAUGCUCGACCAACUGCUAAGUCUUCGAUCACCAGUGCUACUCCUGUUCCUGCUGCUGCCGGUGUGAGAAAGUCAGUUGAGUCCGCUAGCAUUGGAGCUGCUGAAAGUGAGAAUGAGGCUGAAGCUAUCAAGCUUUGUCAUGAGCUUCUACCGUACCUGGAGUCAGAGCUUGACAAGCUGAAGGCAUUCUCGCUGACUCAUGUGGAGUUUGGCAGAGCUGUCCGCUGUCCGUGCUCGUUCAGCCGAGAUGCGUGUCGCAAACACAAGCAGAAGUCUUGUGUGGAGAUUGGCUGUCAACACUUUGCUCCGUUGGUGGAAGGAUUGCGUCCACGCUGUACUAUCGGAGCACGUCCGUCAGUGGAUAUCAGUGAUGUACGUCAAUACUGGCCUUGCUUUGCCGAAGACACACAGUCCCCAUGUGGCGCUAGCAAGGAAGUCCCACAGCUUGGAACUGAGACUAGAAGCGUGCCUGUAGCUGAUCAGGUUGCUGCCGUCUCAGCUUCAGAGAGGGCCAGUGCGUAUCAUCAGGCUCUCCGUAAGCAUUUCACCGCUAUCAAGAGCUGCAGUGACAUUGAUGUGGUGGACUGUGUUGAGAGCUUGAGAGCUGAAGGUCACAUCACGGAUGACAGCGUCGUGGAAAUCCGGGACGUACACGACUCGGCUGGAGAGAAGAAGGCACUGGAUCGAAUGUGUGUGACACUGGAGAAACUAACUCCGGAUGCCAUGUGCUACGUCGUGGAGGAUAUCCUGCCGUCGCAAGGUCUGUCACAGCUCGUGGAGACAUUCCGUGUGUGUCCUGGUCCUGGAAAGUGUUCACUGCAUCGCAAUGACCUGCAUCCUGUAUCAGUGUGUUCCAGUGACAAGACACUGUCCAUGCAGACUAGUGUUGAUGCCUCCCAGACUGGUAAUGUCAAGAGUAGUAAACUUGAGACUGGGAUGUCUGAUCUGCUCCAAGACGUGCUGCGUUCAAGCUAUGUGGAAUUGAAGCGUAGUUUGGACGUAGAAGAGGGCAUUCUGGACCGUCUCUAUGCAGAGAGCAUCAUCACAAAGCGCUUCUGCAAGAAACUCCGUGCUAUGGAUGAUCGUGAAGAUCAGGCAACUGUCUUCUUGGAAGCACUGCCGGGCUGUGGCAAGCAGGCGUUCCGUCAGUUUGUGUCCGCUCUGAAAGAGAGUGAGAAGCUGGCCCACCAGGAGCUGGCUGAUCUCCUCCAGGAGAAGCUGCUGGAGAUGACACCCGGUCUGUGAAGGUUACUCUGCUGGUGGACCCACCAUGAGCUGCUAUGUACCCACAAUGAGCUGUACCAGUGAAUGGUGUGUGUAGACGCUACUGAACGAUCGUAAUGUCUCUGAUCAAGUGUGUUCAGGUAUUCCAAGACCUCUUUCCAGUUGGGUUUCUUUUAUGGCAUCUUGAACUCUUGGCUAAAAUUGAAUUAGAUUUUACUUUAUGCUGUGUUAUUGCUAGAAUAAUCUAGUAGUGAAAUGAUUGACAAUGCAAGUAAAAGUUUGAUGAAAUCCACACUGUACUGCACUGCUAGUAUGUAUUUGAUAUCUAUGUUCCUACGGAUGCUGAAAACUCGGCCUCUAUAUAGAGAAACCGAGUCUCACGCGAACCAUGAAAAAAUCAAAUUAUUUAAUAUCAUUAUCCUAUGCUUUGUUGCACGGAAAUGUGAUCCCUUUUAAGAUACGCUUUAAGCUGCUCAGCUGCGCUGAAGAGCCUAACUGUUGGCGUCUUAAUAAUUAUUAUGAUUCUAUGAGUUUAUUGAUUUUAAAACCUUUUUAUGCUGUUUCUCUGCACAUGGUUCAACAUUGCAAGCGUACUGUAUGUUUCAUGUUUUCAAUACUAUCAAAUAUCCUUGAUUCACCUUUCCUUUUAGCAGAUGGUUUUUUCUCUCUUGAAAUUAGCCUAUGUUCUUUCUGCGCUUGUAGUCUGAGUAGCCGAAAAACGUAAUCAGCGGCACAUUCA